ACCCCUUUAAUCUUUUCUUUUUCCCAUUCUUGUAGAUCUAAAAAACACCAUUUCUUUUUGUCUGUAAACCCUAUAUAAAUCUCAUUUCUUCUUCUUCUUCUUCACCCUUCUCAGAUCUGUUCUACUUCAAUUGAAUAGACCACCUUUCCUUUUCUCUUCUCGUCAUCGCUUUCUCAAAACCAGUUAAACUUGGGGAAAGUAUACUUCGACUUGACGGGUUUCCUUUUCGUUUCGAUUUCCUUCAAAUCUUAGGGUUUGGUAUAAAACCAGAUCUUGGUUUGUUCAUCUCGAUCGUAUUUUGAGCUCUAGUAGUGUUAAUAAUGGCGACUCCUUAUCCUGGAGCGAUGCAGGUGGGUUCGUACUUUGUGGGUCAAUACUAUCAAGUGUUGCAGCAGCAGCCAGAUCUUAUUCAUCAGUUUUAUUCCGAUAACAGUAAAGCGAUUCGUGUUGAUGGUGACUCGACUGAGACUGCGAACACUUUGCUGCAUAUUCACAACAUGGUCAUGUCACUGAAUUUCACCGCGAUAGAAGUGAAGACGAUCAAUUCAAUUGAAUCGUGGGAAGGUGGUAUUCUUGUGGGGGUUACAGGCUCUGUGAAAACCAGAGAAUUCAGCAACAGAAGGAGUUUCACGCAGACUUUCUUCCUUGCUCCUCAGGAGAAAGGUUAUUUUGUUCUCAGUGAUAUGUUCCACUUCGUUGAUGAAGGAACUGCCUUCUAUCAUCAACCUUCUUAUUUACCCGAAACCAAGCACGAGGCUCAGCUUAAUCCUCCUAGCCCUCAUCCAGAACCACAAGUUCCUGACUAUGUUCUGGAGCAAGAGGCAAGAGAUUACGUGAAUGCAGUCCAAAUCAAAGAUGAUCUUGUCGAUAAGUACAGUCUGCAAGAGGACCAGCAUCAACCUCAACAUGAAGAUUAUGAGGAUGAAGUUGCCGUUGAGGAAACACCUAGGGAGGAAGUUGUGGUUGACGCGGUACAUGAACCUUGGGCUGCCCCAGCUGAGGAACCCGUUGGUGAAAAAUCAAAGAUGAGUUAUGCUUCCAUUUUACGGGUUGUAAAGGAAGCAGCUUCUGUGCCUGUAGCUGCUACACAACCAACGCAUAACAAGAACUCCCAAGAUGUUAAUGAGUGGGAUCAACCACUGCGGACUCCUUCCCCUCAAGUGGCUGCGCCUCUUGCCCCUGCUCAGCAAUCAAACGCUUCUUCUCCAUAUGUUACUGACUAUGGAGCAGAGGCAGAAGAUGGCUUCGGAUUUGAAGACUUUGAGAUCAAAUCAGUGUACGUUAGGAAUUUGCCAUCCAACAUAUCUGCUUCUGAAAUCGAGGAAGAGUUUAAAAACUUUGGUACUAUCAAGCCUGAUGGUGUUUUCCUCAGAACCCGCAAGGAUGUUAUUGGCGUUUGCUAUGCUUUUGUUGAGUAUGAAGACAUGACUUCCGUCGAAAAUGCUAUUAAGGCUUCUCCUAUAUACUUGGGUGGAAGGCAAGUAUACAUUGAGGAACGAAGACCCAAUCCCGCUGGUGUUCGUGGAGCAAGACGAGGAGGACGUGGAAGGGGUGGUUACCCAACAGAAGCACAAAGAGGAGGCCGGUUUGGUUCUCGUGGUGUGUCCGGGAGAGGAAACCAGGAGGGAGGUGACUACAGGCCAAGAGGCAAUGGUUACUACCGUGGUGGCCGCUAAGGAACAAAAGAAAAGCAGCUUGUAAGUUUUAGGGCAACCAAGAAUGAAUGAUUCAGAGGUUCUUCUUGUUCCUUUUAUCGGCCAAAGAUGUAGUUUGUAAUAUUUUUUUUUUUUGUUUUUGUUGGGUUUGGUUUUUGCCUUCAAAGAUUUUGGUUUAUAUAUGUUUUUAGAGUUAGGGCUUUGACUCUCUUACCACCUCUCCUUUGAGUAUGGUUUUAGCUAUGUAACAUUUCAAUUUUUGUUUUUUCCUUUCAUCAUUGGUUUGAUUU